AUGCCGCCUUCACCAACAUCGCCAAGCAUCGCAGCUCUCUUCCGCCAACUAGAAAAGAGGGCAAUCAACUCGAGCUCCACAUUCGAACGCAACCCAGAAACGGUCUACAAGGAAGAUGUCCUACCUUUGCAAACUCUACUAAAAGAACAGUGGAAAAUGAGCAGUUUCGACGAUAGGACGCUACAAGUCCCCGAACAUACGGGCAAACACAUCUUCCCUUGCCAUCCUCUCUUCAAUCGACUCGUACGCUUUGCACAUGCCAAUCCGCCGAGGCUGUGCGUCAGAGACGUCAAUACCGGAGUCGAAGCGACACACGUGCAGCUGCUAACUGAUGUCUUGGCUUUCCGGGAAAGGGUAUGGCAGAAUCUGAGUGAUGGAGUGAAGAAGGCAUUGGAUCAGCGACAGGAGGUCUAUAUUGGCAUCCUGGCUCCGGGGGGAUAUGAGUUCACAGUCGCAAUCCUCGCCGCACUGGCAUUGGGAGCUGCAGUUGUGCCAAUGACCGUGGCACUGCCACCCGAGGAAGCACUGUAUUUUGCGACAAAGUCGCGGGCUGCUGCAGUGCUUGUGUCUGAUGGAGCUCUGCGUCUUGGUCUGGCGUUGGAGAAGCUCGUGAAGGACGCUGAUCCGUCGAGUCGGUUCGUUUGCAUCCCGGUGGCGCCGUCUCUGAUGCAGCCCCCGCUUGACCCAGCCCAGAUCAUUGUUUCUUCGGAUAUGUACCUCGACGACAAUGCGCCAGGCGUCGUCAUCUUCACAAGCGGCACUACAGGCCCUCCCAAGGGCGCAGUAAUGCGAAGAGCAUUCGUUCACGACGAAGCGCUGAGUGUCGUGGAUCACUACAACGUGACUCCAGACGACAUCCUUCUGCAUCUUCUGCCCGUCCACCACGCCACUGGCAUCGGCAUCAUGUUCUUUCCCUUUCUCAUCGGAGGCGCACUUCUAGAAUUCCGCAGUGGCAGCUUCAAUCCCGAAUGGACCUGGGAACGAUGGCGUCGAGGCAGAAAUUUGUUCUUCUCCGGAGUCCCAACGAUCUACAUGAGAAUGAUGCGGUACUUCCAGCAGAACCUAUCGCCUCGUUCAGAUGCUCAAGAAUAUAUCGAGGGAGCCCGAGGGGUGAGGACUUGUAUAUGCGGCACCUCGGCAUUGCCCAAGCCUAUCGCCGAUUUCUGGGCCAAGCUCCUCGAUCAGAACAUACUCUUGCGCUAUGGCAUGACCGAGACUGGUGCCGUCUUUAAGGUACGCAUGGGAGACAAAAAUGUGCCCGACGGGUCGGUGGGAAACGUCUUCCCAGGCUGCGAUGUCCGGUUAUCUGAAGGCGACCAAGGCGAGAUCCUGGCAAAGUCGCCUGGAAUGUUCUCCAAGUUCCUCUUUGAUGCCGAGGCCACGGCAGCAUCCCACACCAGUGAUGGAUAUUACAAAACAGGAGACAUGGCUCGGCGGGAAGGCGGGUAUUACUUCAUCAUGGGUCGCGCGUCAGUAGACAUCAUCAAGAGCGGGGGAUACAAGAUCAGCGCGCUCGACAUUGAGCGAGAGAUCCUGGCUCUCCAAUAUGCGGCCGAAGUGAUGGUGGUUGGAGUGCCAGAUGACGAGUACGGCGAGCGAGUUGGCGCCGUGAUGUGUCUCAAGGGCGAGAAGGACAUGGCUCCGGAUGAUGGCACGCACGUGGUGCAAGAUCUGACGAUCCAGAAGUUGCGAGACGACCUCCGCUCCAGGCUCGCAGGCUACAAACUGCCCACUGUGUUACGGAUCGAAGCCGAGGAGCUGCCCAAGUCGGGCACAGGCAAAGUUGUCAAGAAAGUGCUCGGCCCGCGCUUCUUCCCGCCCGACAAGUACAAGACGAUGGCCGAAGUGCAGGUCUGGAGGCGGCAAGACGACAAGUCCAAAGCCCACUCGAAGCUGUGA